UUCAAGAGAUAAAAGGAAAACAAAAACAAAAAAUACUGCAUAUCAUAUCUUUAUAGAAGAUCUUCCACACACAUAUAUAUAUAUAGAUAUAAUUAAUGGCGGGUGGUAUUGGAGUUCCAAUCUGCGUUCAAUGUGGGACAAGGAGCAACCCGUGUCGGUGCAAGGUGGUAGGGCCAACGUUGGGUUUCUUGGCUUUUGCAGCGGCCGCCAUCGUGGAAUGGCCAGUUGGGGCUCUCGUCUACUGCUUUAAGCACGUCAAGGGUCGCCGCAUCAUGGCUCAUCCUGCUACUGUUGUUUACCCCAAGGUCAAUAGGGCCAUUCCUAUUUGAUCAUCAUCACAUAUCUAUUUAUAUAUUUAAAUAACUGUACUAUCUUUAUCCCUUUCUUUUAUAUUCAAAACCUUAUCUAAAGGUACGUUUUCUUUUAGAUAUCAAAAAAAUGUAAAAGAUGUUUCGAUUUAUAUUUAGUUGGCAAUGUGAACUUGGUCUACAUCUAUUGUAUUUUGCA